AUGGCAGCCGACAAAGCAAAUCAUAACGAAUUAACAGGACCAACCUGCUUGCACUCUGUAAACAGGAUUACCAAAUUCCCUGCGGUUGAGUCCUCAAUUCAAACCGCCACCAAUUUAUACGAAAAAGUGAAGGAUUACAAUGGUUUAACCCAAUGGACCCUUAACUCAGCUGAAACAACUGUCCAGAGCAUCGUGGAAAAAGGCAAACCAUACGCCAAUCCAGUUUUGAGCAACCUCGAAGGACCAAUCAAAACUGUCGACGGAAUUCUGUGCUCCGGAUUGGACUAUGUCGAAACUAAAGUGCCUGCAGUCAAAUUGCCACCAGCAGAGAUUCUUUUACAGAUCUACAAUUCCACCAAGGAAUACGUGACCCCUGCAAUGGAAACUGCUUACGCUUAUGCUGAACAAGCCAAGGGAAUGGUUGAACCAAGAAUUCAACAAGCCCGCGAUCUAGUUGAUCCAGCUUAUCAAGCUGCCCUUCACACUGUAGAACCAAUGGUUGCAGCUGUUCAACCCACUGUCGACGCUGCCAGACAAAUGGUAGAUCCUUUCGUUCAACCCACACUUGAAAAAGCUCAACAGUUAAAAGAUUACGGAAAACAAAAAGUCAAUGAAUAUUUGCACAGAGGCCACUCCAAUGAAGGUGACAACUCGGAAUGCCAAGAGUGCCAGGAAUGCCAAGAUGUUAAACCAGAGGUUCAACAAGUCCAUAAUCAGGUCGAUUCAGCUGUUCAGACUGCUCCAGACUCUGAAAAAGCUGUUAAACCAACUGUUGAAUCCGUUACUAAUAUGGUAGAAAACUUUAUUCAACCUACCCUUGCUAGAGCCGAACAGUUGACAGAUUAUAGUAUUAAACAAGCCCGCGAUUUAGUUGAUCCAACUGUAAAAACUGAUCUACACGCUAUGGAUUCCAUGCCUACAGUUGAUGAAGCAAUUGUCGAAACUCCUAAAAAUAGUGCAGAACCCAUUGUUCAGCUUUCUCUUGAAGAAAAUGAACAGAUGAGUGAUAACGAAGACCAAAAAAUCAACGAAAAAGAAACAAAAGAAUUAGAAAAACACAACAAAACUUUUGAGUGA